CCACGAGCACGUUGGUGUGGCUGAUGCGCCAGGGUAAAGUAUCCGUAGCCGUUGUGGCGCGUCCAUAAUUAUAAUCCCGAUCAAGCGCAAGCGCUAUCACCUGCCUGCAGCCGAGUCAUUACCACCGUGAGACACGGUUGGCAAUAUUUGCUUCACCCAGCAGAGCCGUAAACUUUGUCGCUCCUUUCUUCGCGUCCAGAAUCACCGCGCUCGCGGAGGUUCCUUGCUUGCCAUGUCAGGCUUUCCCGAGUCGUUUGUCGGUCCUUGGACUGACCGACUCCGCGCGCACCGCGAUGAUCAGCUCAACGACUUCCCAAACUACCACAUCGCGAACCCUGAGACGCUCAUCACCACGAGUGUACCCAGGGCACUCUAUGUCGGGACCGGGCUGAGUAUCUUCACACGCGCACUGCUGCCGGCGAUGCUCAAUGCGCAACACUCCAUUCACUUUGUCACUUGCUACUGGGCAGAAUCACCGACCCUCAGUUCCUUUAGAGAGACGCUUCUGAAGCUCGCCAGCGCGCGAGCCGACAUGUCGCCUGGGCAGAAGCCCCUCAGGAUCACAAUCGGAUUCUCGUCCAGCGGUCUCUUCCAGAAACUCUUCCACACCUCGUCACGCAAUGGCCAUGUGGUACCACCUCAGGAGUGGGAAAAGAUGGGCCUGCCCAGCGAGACGGCCUUGAAAAUGGGCACGAUCGAGUUGACAGUGAAGAGCAUCUUCUUUACGCCUUUCAGCGUCAUGCACCCCAAGUACCUCAUCGUGGACGGCGCGAGAUGUUGGGUGCCCAGCUGCAAUGUGAGCUGGGAAAUAUGGUUCGAGGGUUGUAUCGAACUCGAGGGCGAGGUUGUUGGGCAGCUCAUGAGAUUCCACGAUCAGACAUGGGGUGCCCACGGUGCCACAGAGCUGCUGUCAGUAGGCAACAGACGAUACUCCUCCGCUACCUUGCAGCCACUGCGUCACAAACGAGCUUCGCUGCAUUCCGGGGGCCUCGACAUGUCGGCCACCCAGUCUCUCAAGUUUCCGGCCACAGCGGCCACACCCACCAUUCUCCUGCCCUCUUCGCAUCAUCGCAAUCCUCGCUUCAGCCUGUUCCCCUUUCUGAGCCAAUCCAGCCCUCCAAUCACACCUCUCAACGCGGCACUGUUGACGCUCAUCGAGAAUGCGCAGCGGCAGAUCAACAUUGUGACACCGAAUGUCACGUCGUGGCCGCUCAUGGAGGCCCUGUUGGCGAGUCUCGCCAGGGGCGUCGACGUUCACAUCCGCACCAGCAGGAGCAUGAUGGUGAUUGAGCAGCUGGUCACAGCGGGCACGACGACUGCGUGGUGCCUCGAUCGCUUCAUCAAAAAGUACAAAGCACUGGUCAACUCAAAACCAAAGCUCAACGACCCCGAGGCCCCUGCGCUUGGUGUCGGCAGGCUGGACAUUCUGUACUACAAGCCGCUCAGUUUACGACAGGGGGAGGACGACGAGCCCGUACUCAGUCAUUUCAAGAUGACCAUGGUCGACGAGGAGUUUGUUAUUUUCGGAUCCGGCAACAUGGACCGGGCCAGUUGGUGGACGAGUCAGGAGAUUGGCGUGCUAUUGCACGCCCCAGAGUUUGACGGACAGAAACUCUGGGAAGGCGUCCUGGAGAAUCGAUCCGAGGUUGUCUUUCGCUCGGCCGACAUGUAUUGAGGGCAACCCCUCACAAUUUCAGCGUCGUCGUAUUUUGGAUACAGAGCGCUGGCCCGUCGGAAACACCAAGCCAGUGUGUAUUAUAGCACCACCUACAACUAUACUAAAUCGUAAUGUCUUGAACCAGAUAUCGGCAGAGCAGUAUCG